UGCCGGGCUACAAAAACUGUAUUUGUGUGUCUGUGCACAAUGAAGUGUGGAUUUCAACAUGCUCACGCUUGCAUGUGUGUCGUUGCAGGCUGCAGAAAAAUGUUUGGAGCAAUUUUUGCAUGCUGCCGUGCUCAAAGGGGAAAUACACCAAAAGAGGCACAACUUGAAAGAUUUCUGGAGGAGAUGAUUUGAACCAGGAAAUUCAAGACUCCCAUCAGAAAACAAAGCAGAAGUGGAAGCCGGCUCUGUAGUCAGUCCAAGCUUGUCACGGACUCAAGUCCAUUUGGCAACGAGAGAAACAGAAGUGUCUUGACAACAUGACUGAUGGGGUAAAGAACCCAAAUGCAUUGCACAAUUUGGAUGUGCUGAAUACUGAACAAGCUUGCACUUGAGUCCAAAAGGACAAAAUCUGUGAUGAGAUUGAAUCAGAAGUGUCUCCUGCGUCUAGCUGGGAUCCAUAAUCCUCAUCAAGUAGAAACACCACAAUGUCGAAGUCUAAAUCAAGUGGCAAAUCAUCAAUCUCAGUCUUGAGAAACGUCCGGUCCUCUGAUUCAAGUGGCCUCCCUGCAUAUUUGAAUCUUUACACAUAUCCGCAUUCUAAACAAGGAGCGAUGAAAGAUAACGACCACCCUAACGAGCAAACACAACGGAAUAAAUAUUUGAUCCCCAAAAGAUUCAGUGGUUCUUCUGGAGCUGAAGAGGAAAGUGAACUACUGUCUUUGGAGGCCAAAGAGAUGGCAGAAAUCAGAGAAGAGAUGAGGUUGGAAAAACCCGCAUGUGAACAUAGCUCCUCAAUGCAGGAGCUUUUAUCUGAGGUCCAGGGCAUGGUAGAGAGAAACAACAUUAUCAAUAGGACAACACACAUGGAUUUGAAUUGGUACCUUCAGUCGUCACCAAGUGAAGCAGAAAUAAGAUUGGUUCGAGCAGUUCAAAAUGUUCUGGCAUGUCGAUAUCUGCCAGCACAGCUGGAUGUCGCUGCUAUGUCCAAACAAUUGGAGAAGGCAGAGGGUUAUAAUCGUUGUGUGCUGGAUCAAGUUGCUACGAUGAAAAGUUCUUCUCAAUGUUGUGAUCCAAAUGUCUUGAAAAGACUGGAAGCCCAAUGGAGUACAGCACUGCUGGAUGCCUCCGCCACAGUGCAAGUUAAAAGCGCUCAACUGGAUGAAGUCAAACAGUAUCACAAACAGCUGGAGAAAGUUAAAGCUUUCCUGGAAGACGUCGAUGCAGAGAAGAAGAAAAUUGAGUUAAGCACCUUGGGAAGCAGCGCUCUCCAAGCUGAAAAACUCUGCGUCCUGCUGCAAACUUUAAAAGAAAGCGAAGAAAUGUGGCAAGAGCUCCGCGCAUUAAGUAGCCCGUUGGCCGUUCACUUGAGCGAUGCGGAGAGCUCAGGUGCUCUUCUCGCUCAGCUCGGAGAUGUCCAAGAUGAGUGGAGACUUUUGAGUGGAAGUAUCAGGAGAGCAUUGUAUCAGGCAGCUAACUCUUCCUGUCAAUCAUCUGCCCUUAGGAAAGAAGCUCAACAGCUUCAAAACAAGAUUGAGGUUAUCCGGGAAUCCAAACCCAAAAGCACUUUCGAGCUUUUAUGUUUGAGCGAAGACCUAAAAAUGUGUAACCAGCUGCUUGUGCAUCUCCAGUCCUUCUCAGAUGCUCUUUCCUGUAUUGGCCAGAAGGAGAAGAACAGCAUUAAACAUGAUCUUGAAGAAUUGCGGACCUUACUGGCAACAACCAAAAACAAAUCUUCCCUCCUUAGCACUGAUGCUAAUAAGCAAUUCCAAGAAUGGAUCACAUGGGCAAAACAGAUGGAAUACUCCAUCAUCAUUGGAAAAAAGAUGUCUCUUUUUCCAGAAGAAGCUCGUAUUCAGAUUGACAAAAUGAGGAAAUAUCAGACAGAUAUCAGGAUCAGGUCCAAGAUACAACUAGAAGAAAUGAGAGAAGAAAAGGCAGACAUGGACAAUGUGGACUACGCCCAAGCAUUAAACAUAAUCAAAGAUCUGUAUGAAACUCUCGCUAAAAGCUUGGAGAACGUUCUAGACGCCAUGCAGAAGAAUCUAGAGGAGAUAGAGGAACUGUUGGACCACCUUGAUAGCAUUGAUAGGUGGCUAGUCGAAACAAAAGCAAACAGAGACUCCCGUGCUUACGUUGAGAAUGUUUCAAGAGUUGACAUCGGCUCACUUGAGAGCAACCUAAAACAUCACCGAGAAGUUGCUGAUGAUAUCGAGAGUCAUCUAAGUCUGGUAGAUUCUUUAGAGAAGAAGUGUAAGGAAGUAGGAGAAGAUCUGAGCCCCGGAGAGAGUCGUCAUCUCGUCAACAGACUCUCGGCCAUCCGGACGGAAUUUGAUGGCCUGCUUGCACAGGCGAGCGCAACCGGUUGGCAUUUGGAGGAGCUGAUUCAUGAGCGAACGUCUUCUGGUGAAGAGUUGUCUACCAUCGAGGAUAGCCUGAAGGACAUAUCUUCUUGUUUGGACCGACAUCAUUUCCCCAUGACUCAAGAAAACAUUUUAGCAAUUUCACUUGUGAAGCACAUGCUAAUGGAACAUCAGUGUCAAGUUCAAGAGAUUCAACACUGCCAGGAGAUGGAGCGAAGCUCUCUGCUGUGCACCAUCGGGGAACUGCAAGACAGGUGCAAAGUUCUUAGUUUUCAUGCUUUGGAGCAAGAUAAAUAUCUCCAACUGAAGAAGCAAAUGGAGGAUUCAAGGGAUGUUUCUGAAAAGCAAAUCCAGCAGGCUAAUGAUAGAACAAGAAGUUUGGGCGAGAGAUUCAAACUCUGCCAGGCACUCUUGGUUGACCUACCACUGAUGAAGACGCAGUGUCAAGAAGCAGCGGACCAAUUAGAGGUGAUUGCUCAAGAGCUCAACCCAACAGAGUUGGAAGUUGAGAAGCAAAGUAUUCACAGCAUUGUGGAGAUGUUCAUUUCUUGGGAGCACACCGCUACGCAUGAGAUGAAACAUUUAGAGGGAAGGCUUCUUCUGGGAUUGAGCUUCUCCUCUGAGCUUCCUGCCUUGAUGGAGUUCUUUCAAAGAACAGCACAAGAGUUGCAGGGGAUGCUACCGGUCAGGCCAGAUGAAAGAUCCAUAGAUGUCGAAUUGCAAAGACGAUGGGCGAUGUGGAGAAACACCGAGUCCGGAAUGCGAGUCUUGCACGCUUUGACUUGGAAGGAGAACAUCGACUGGAAGAGUCACACUGAUUUGCAGUUACUUCGAGAUUCUAUCAUGCAGGAAUGUCAUUCACAGAUGGAACGUUUAUCCAAAACUCGAGAAUCCUUGAAAGAUUACCAAUGGGCUGCUCAAGGAGCUAUUAACUUCCUCCACAAUGCCCAACUAACAUUUUUAUCAGCUCCUGGUGGCUUUCUCGACUGUACGGAGGAACAAACUCAAACCCAACAAGCCAUGGAAGCUCUCAAAGAAGGAUUCCUCGCCCACAUCCAGCAUCUUGUUGAAUUGGUACCCCGACAAGUCUGCCUUUCCCGUUCAGAAACUCAAGAUCUGCACAUUGGUAUUCUGAGCCAGUUGUUAGUGGGAAGAGCCAUCCUGGAAGCUCAGGCUCAUCUCAGAUUGGAGUCCUUGCAGAGAUGUGAGCUUCGCCAACAGAGCCAUCGGGUUUGUCACCAAGAUGUACAAAAGCGUCUUAUUGAAUUUGAAGCGAAGCUUUCAACUUGUGCAGCAAAAGAAGUGACCUCCUAUGAUAAGCGUGUUGCGCAACACAGCCAAGCCAAGGAUUUAAUGGAGGGUGUCUUCGACCUCGCUAGGCAGAUUGAAGAAUUAAGAGAAAGAUGCCCCAUGCAGGGAUGUGGUAUUGGAAAGGAUGGGGAGCUUGGCGCCCUCUGGCGGCGUUGGGUGUCACUGCGGCGCCGUGUCGGUCUGCUGAUGGCACAAGCCGAUCAAAGAGUCGAAGAAUGGAAGGAUAUCACAGUUAUUGAGCUCACAAAGGAUCUGUCCAAUCAGAAGGUUGUGCUAAAGGGUAUCCAGGACAGCGUGCUGGAGAAAUCUACUGAGAGUCCAGCUGAGUCUGUUGAGGAAACUGAAAAGAAGUUAAUGGAGCAGAAUGUGUCCGUUCAAAAAGUGGCUUGUCAAGUCACAGAGUUGAUUUCUGGCCUGGAGCAAGUCAAAUUAUGCCUGGAGCAAAAAAGCUGGACUCUCACUGAAGCACAACAGGUUCUUAAGCACGUGUGGGACAAGUUGGACUCGUAUCACAGUCGCUUGAUGCUCCUAGAGAGUGAGGUGCAGGAUCUUGUGGAGAAACAAUCGGACCAAGCUCACCUAUUCAUGGACCAACUGACACGACCACUGCGGCUUUACCAAGAUGCCGUGCAGAUGGCAGAACAUCGUACAGCUUUCCUGAACAAGAUCCCCGCCUCCCUUCAAGAAUUCGAAGAUCUCUUGUGCGGCGCCACCUGUUGGUUCCACGAGGCCCAGGCAUGGCUGAGAACUCCCUGCUCUUUCCCGACAUCCAAAGACCUCCAGAAUCAUGCAAAGUCACUACAGCUGGUCCUGGAUGACUCUGCAAGAAUCAGGAGCACACUGAAAGAUUUCCGGCAUGUGUUAGCUGAGAUUUGCAUUGUGUGUGAUCUCAGUGCACAGGAGGAGAGGAUGGACAACACGGACCUCCAGGUUCAAAAGAUGCAAAAGAGCAUCCAGGAGCUGAUGGUGCAGCUCAAGCGGGCUGUUGAGGUAGUGGAGGCCUUGGAAGAGGAGCUUAAUACCCUAGAGGCGAACAUCCCCAAAAUCAGAACUAUUUUAUCCUCCAUGGACAAUUCCAGCAUUACAGUGAACGAGCAUCUUCGAAACCAACAGGUCAUCCUGGACAAUGUCCACUCAAUGCAGAAGACAUUAGAGGACAUAGACAACUACAAAGAAGAUUUACGUCUCCCGCAGGAAACAAAGGAGAGUCUUGUGGUGUUCUCUGGAAUAAAAGUUCUCCUGCAGGUGCUGGGGGACUUGGAAACUCUUACCCAACAACAAGCCGUUCUUCUGGAGACUAACAUUUUGAAGAAAACUUCAAGUGAGGGUCUUGGCCUCAAACCCUGUGUAGAUGUAUCAAACUUGGAUGGAGCUAAACAAAGAUACUUAAUCAAUUUUGAGGAGUCCAGUUCAGAAGACGAUCUGGAUGAUGAGAGCUGUCACUCGUCAUCAUCUGACACGCUAACAUCCAGUAUUCCUGAGGACCCAGAUGACACAUUGUAUGCUUCUGAGGUGCCAAGUGAUGACAUCAUCGUUAAGGAAUCACUGUCUGAUGCUAAGGUCUUCGCCCAAAUUUCUGAGCCAGUUUCUGAAGGGGAGAAAAGUGGCGAGUCGUCUGAGCUCGAUUCCAAGAAGUUUCCUUCAAUGUCUAUCAUAUUGGCGCGGUCCAGCAAAGAUGACACGGAGCAGCAACGGUGGAGCCUGCUUCAAUAUGACAUUUUUCAGAAACUGGAAACCCUCCAAAAACUUCAGGAGGAGCAUCAGAAUCCGAAAAGCUACUCCAAAGUUGCAAAGGUUCCGGAGGGAAAAUUUGAUUCGGCUUCAGAUGUUCUCCAGCAUGCAAAUGAGUCUGUCGCCACGCUGAGUAAAAUAAUGAUCUCCACAGAUGAUCCAGGGAAAUUAUAUUUGGCUACACAGCAAGUUCUUCAAUGCAUGGAUGCUUUGACAGACCUUCUGUUGACUCCCGGAAGUGUCGAGGAUGAAGAAACCCAGCUAAGAAUAUUAAAGCAUGAUUGUGUAUCAAUGGCGCUGGUGAGUCUAUCUGGCCUGCUGCAUGAUGUUGAGGCGAAGAUCAGUCCCGAAGCAGACGUUCUGAGCUGUUUAACGUCGCUGCAGGAAUGUCUGAAAAGUGCCCAGUUAGUCAUCUCCGAUUUCAACGAGCUCUCAUUUGACUCUCUCAUUCUCGAAAGCCAAUGUCAGGAGCUCUUCUCAAACCACUUAUGUUUUAUGGAGGAACUUCAGCUUGAUCAUCGUGAAGUUUUCCCAAGUCAAAACGAAAAUCUCACUCUGGAGGAAUGUGUCCUUGGCAGACAUGUGAGCGGAUGUUCAGGAGAAAAGGCCAUGAUCCAGAAAGCGACUCACUCCUUUCUUCAUGGAAUAAGGAUCCUACUGGAUCUAGGUGAAGAAUGCAUAGCUGAAGGGCAGAAGAGACCCGUUCAAAAUAUUAACCAACUCCACGUUAGUCGCCAAAGAAACCAGAAGUUCCAGCAGGUUCUCGGAGCUCAGCUGACUUUUCUGCAACAUCUAUUCCAUCGAAAGCCAGAAGCAAUGCGGGGUCAAGAGGACGAGCAAGCACAGCUAGAAGUCCGGGGCAAAGAUUUGCUACAGCAGUCGCUCCAGCAGGAAGUGGCAUUUCAGUGGAGGCUUCAGGAGUGGAACCGCUGGGAGGAUAAUUGCGCUCGACUGGGAAGUCUGCUGGACAAGGUUGAAGUCCGGAUCAGCAGUACAGACGCAGAAGAUGACGAAGAGUCCCACAUACAACGUCGUCUACGUACCUGUCAGCAAACUUUGGUCCAAUUGGAAACUAACAGAGGUGCCUUGGGACAACUCUUGGAUCAGAAAUGUGAGCUGCGGACAGAUCCAUCAUUUGGACGCUCAAUCAGACAGACAGGGGGUGCUCUGGAGCUGCGAUGGCGAAACAUCUGCACCCGCAUGGAACAGGAGGUCCGGCGCUGGAGUAACAUCUUGGACGGCUGGGUCAGAUUCCAGACGGACUUUUCUUCUGUCAGUAAAUGGCUCCUCGAUGCUAACAAACAUCUGAAGAUUUGGUCAGAGCUCACUGGUAGCUCUCAUGUGAGCCAGGAGAGUGUUUGCAGGGCUUUGAUUGGGUUGUUGGAUUUCUCAGUAGAGAUGGAGGUCGUGUCGGCGGCUCAUAAGGAAGCGGCCUCCAGGGAAGCUGCACGACUGCUCCGUCUGAGGGAAACGGAAUGUCCUGGCUUGAGAAGGUGCCUCGCAAAGAUGGAGGAAAGCUGGUGCAAGAUCACAUUCAACCUGACAAAUGCACAAGAGCAGUUACAAAAGAAGCUGCUUCUGAUGUGGCCACCGAUGAAGCUGCUGACUGAUUUGGAGGAUUGGCUCAAGAAGUUGGAGGUCCAAGUGGAGCAGGAGCAAGAACAAGUCCACAAGGCCACAGACGCUGGUCAGAUCAGAAGAAUCCUGCAGCGUUACAAGGCAUUAAAGAUCACUCUGGUUAACGGGCAGCAACUUCUGGAAUUCCUCUCCCAAACCCGUCGUCAGGUGAUGGGAAUGGACGUCCAGGCUCAUCUUCUUGAGCCAACAAUGUACGAGGAGAAGCUUGGUGCCCUCAGACAGCUGUGGCUUCACUUCCAAGGGGCGCUGGAGAAGCAGAUACAUGAAGCUCAAGAGCUCCAGCACUUCUGUGCUACCAGAGAAAAGCUGCUGCAGCAUCUCCAUCAGUCACUUGAACAGCAGAAAAAACAUCUCAAUCAGUGGAAAUGUCCGACUUGUCAAACACAAACUCAAAAGGUUCUGCAUGAGUUGGAGACUGUUGUUGGAAGAAUAAAGGAGAUGGCUGCAGCUCUGCAGGGGGCGAAUUCCACACAUGUUGAAAAGGAGCAUCCGUGUGAUGUCGUUUUUUGUGACCAGGCUGAGGCUGUCAGUCUUGCUUGUGAGGAUCUCAGUCUGCAGAUCCGAGCUUUGGAACCAACUUUACAGCAAAGUGUCAAGGAAUGGGCGUGUCUGGAGAGGAAUCUGCGGGAGGUUUCUCUGCAAACCAGCAGGGUUCACUCGACCAUGAAGCUUUAUGGAGCACUUUUGUUUUCAUUGAAGCAGACAGAAGCUUAUCUGGAGCUUCUGCAGCAACUCCAGAAGAUGUGCAGUCAAGGGCAGAAGCUUUGGGCAAACAUCAACAAAUCUCUUCAGAUUCUUUUGAAGACUCUUGAUGGUGGAGCAGCCCAGUUACUGAAUGAUCGAAUAGAACAAGAACAAAAGCGGUGGGAGGACAUGUUGGAAAAGUUGAAUGAGGAACUCCAGAAGACUGACAAGACUCUUCCCCUCUGGCAAAAGUAUAAUCAAGCCUUUGAUAAUGGCUCCCUUCAGCUGGAACACCUUCGAAGUCAGUUCUCCUCCUUUUCACCUCGACAGGAACCACAGGUCGCCGUCAACUCAGCCGAGAAAUUGCAGAAUUUUGCUGAGGACCUGCAAAACCAUGUGGCAGAUGUAUUGGCUUUAUCUAAGCCUCUCAUUGGAUGUCUCAAACCACCGGUCCAAAAAAUGGUCCAAUCAGAGAGGACUGGGCUGUCACUUGAGGUCCAACUGCUAAACCGGGCCAUGUCGGACACCAAGAAAAGUCUUCAGGAAGGUUUAGACAACUACAAACUAUUUCACAAGCAGCUAGAAGCCCUUGAGCAGCAGACCCAAAACCUUCUGGAUGGAGAGAAAUCUAACCUGAAUGACAAAGACAUUGUGAAGCAGGAGCUGUUGAGACUUCUCGAACUUCUGCCAUCGCUGGUUGAUGUUAGCGAAUUGAGUGGCGAUGUGACUUUAAACAAGCAAGAGAAAGACAGACUGCACAUGCUCAACAAAAAAUGGACCCAUGGUGUGAAUGACGUGUUUUUUUUGUACAGAACUCUGCAACGUGAGCAUCAGCACUCUCAAGACUUUCAUCAAAAGUAUCAGGAGGUAACAUUCAUCCUGGAGGAGCUGGAGUCAGAACUUCCAAGUGGCUUCAACCACCAAGAGAUACUUGCUGUCCAUCAGAGGCGUCAGAUUAAAGUAAUUACUGGACACGAGCUUCUCCAGAGUCUGCUCUGUAAUGCAAUCAAGUCCCUGGAAAAGGAAAAAUCAGAAGAAAGAUCUGAACUCUUGACGCGAGCGGUCCAUCUGCGAGAGAGGUGGUUCGGGUUCUUGAUGCUGGCUGGCCAGCACCGGGCCUCAAUGAGAGAACAUAUCUCCCAGCGGACGAUCUUUAAACGUGGCAUGAAGCUUCUGAGGAACACACUGAGAGUUGUUGACACCCUGCUGUCAAUCACUACAUUACCCGCCACAUCACAACAUCAUUGCCAGUGUAUAAACGGAGCUCUGGAGCACCGCUCAACCAUACUCACAGCGACAUUGGAAACUGGCAGACGUUUAUGUGAGGUAACGUCGGACUCAGACAGUCGAAGUCGACUGGAGUCGGAUAUUCAAGCCGUAGAAGGGGCCUGGAAACACACGAACUCGUUGGUCCAAAAAAGAAGGAGUCUCGUCAGCGCUACACUUGAGAACUGGUCACGGUGUCAGGACGACAUCAACGGCAGAAUGUGUGAAGUGGAUGAGCUGAGGACCCAGUUGAAGAGGCCGAUUCCCGUGAAGAUGGACGAGUCUGAGGAAGAGGAGCUCAUACAGAAGACAGACGUCUCUUUGCGCCAUCUAGCCGGUGGAUUGAAAGACUUGACCUCCAUGAAGACUGACCUGUCCCAGUACGUGGCGGCGGCGGAUUCUGCUCUGCUGGAACAGCAACUUGAACAACUUCACAUCCAGUGGGAGGAACUGUGCGCCAAGGUGUCCUUACGCAGGCAGGAAAUUGCUGACCGCCUCAACGCCUGGACGAUAUUUAAUGACAAAAAAAAAGAGUUCUGCCAUUGGCUCACCCAGAUUGAGAACAAGGUGUGCUACAGCGCAGAUCUCAGCAUUGAGGAAAUGGUGGAAAAGCUGAAAAAGGAUUGUAUGGAGGAAAUCAAUUUGUUCAGUGAGAAUAAAAGCCACUUGAAGCAACUGGGAGAGCAGCUGCUGUUAGCCAGCGACGAAGCCAAGCAGACUCAAGUGUGCGGUUCCCUGCAAGAAGUUAACCAAAGAUGGCACAACCUCUUCAGCCACAUCGAGGCCAGAGUGACAAAGUUGAAGGAGACUCUGUUGCGAGUGCAGCAACUGGAUAAAAACAUGAGUAACCUGCGUUCCUGGCUUUCACGUGUGGAGGCUGAACUCUCCAGACCCAUUACCUAUAGUGUGUGUCAUCAUCAGGAAAUACAGAGAAGGUUGGCUGAGCAGCAGGAGCUGCAACGGGACAUAGAGCAGCAUACGGAAGGCGUGACGUCCGUCCUGAACCUGUGCGACCUUCUGCUGAGGGACGAAGAUGCCGCGGGUAUCGGCGACGUGGAAAGCGACUCCCUGCAGGAAACUAGUCAUAGCCUCGACCAGCGCUGGAGGACCAUUCGUGCUAUGGCUCUAGACAGGCGACUCAGGAUUGAGGAAACAUGGAGAUUGUGGUGCAAGUUCCUGGAGGAUUAUUCACAGUUUGAGGAUUGGCUUAAAAUGGCUGAGAAGUCUGCUGCCAAUCCUAACACGGGAGAUGUUCUUUACACAGUUGCCAAGGAAGAGCUGAAGAAGUUUGAGGGUUUCCAGAGGCAGGUACAUGAGCGUCUGACCCAGUUAGAACUUGUCAACAACCAAUACCGCCGCCUGACCCGGGAGAAUCGUACGGACCGCGCCAGCCAGCUCAAAGCUAUGGUGCACGAAGGCAACCGGCGCUGGGACGUUCUGCACCGACGAGUGGCCGUCAUCCUCCGCAGGCUCAAGCAUUUCACCAGUCAGAGAGAAGAAUUUGAAAGCACUCGGGAGAGCAUGUUGGUGUGGCUGACAGAACUGGACCUGCAGCUCACCAACGUCGAGCACUUUUCCGAGAGCGACGUUCAUCACAAGAUACAGCAGCUUAGCAGUUUCCAGAAGGAGAUCAUCUUCAACACGGAGCAGAUUGAUGGGCUGAUAGUAUUUGGCGAAAGUCUCAUCCAGAAGAGUUCACCUCAGGAUGCUGCGUUGAUCGAGGAAGAACUGGAGGAGCUUCACUCCUACUGCCAGGAAGUUUUCAGCCGACUGGUUCGCUUCCAUCAACGUCUCAGCCAGCCUCCGAUCAUCGCAGAAGAACCAGAGACCUCUGGCAACACUUUUUCCUUGGAGUCCAGCUUGGAGCUGAUUGGACGGCCCUGGCUUGGGCGAAGCCAAGGAAGCCUCCCGGCCACACCUUCGCACCUGCUGACCUUUCCGCUGGAGCACUCGGGGCGGGAGACACCUGUGAGUGUCGACUCCCUGCCAUUAGAGUGGGACCAUACCGGAGAUGUCGGAGGGUCAUCCUCCCAUGAGGAUGACGAAGAUGACGGAAGACACGAUGAAGAGGGAAUUUACUUCAGUGCGUUGUCAGUAUCAAGCAGGUCGAUGGGCGCCUAUGAGUCUCCAAUAUGGCGAUCACCAGAAGAUGAAGAAACUGACGUUGGUGUAGGCAACGUUGAGGCUCCACCCACUCUCACCAGCACCCCUAUAAAGCAGCAAAUGUUCCAGUGUGGUGACAACAUUCAAAAAGUUUCUCUGAUGCUAGAUGAUGAGAAGCAGGCAAAGAUUGGCUUGACUAACUUGGAUGUCUCAGACAGUCAGUCGGGGGUGAUUGAACGCUGGGAACUUCUCCAGGCUCAGUCCAGGAACGAGCAAGACGACGACCCCCAGCAAAAUGUCACAUCUGACCUCGAUGAUGUCAUUUCCUGGUUAGACAAUAUCCAUCCGGAACUAGACCGCCUCCACCAGUCGCAUCCAAGCAACGGGAUUGUUGACAUGGCAACCAGAGCUAAAGAGAUGAAGGAGAUGCAGAAAAUGUUCACACACUACAAACCUAUCAUGCUGUCCGUCAAUCUGCGUGCUCUGCAAGUCCCAGAGCAGCAGGAGAAGCUCGUUGAUUUAAACCAAGCCUGGAGUCGAGCUUCUACACUUCUUCACCAGUGGGAGAACAAUUUGAGAAGGACUCUGAUGCGCUGCCAGGAGUUUCAUGAGAGCCUCCAUUCUCUGCUGCUAUGGCUGCCACGUGCCGAGAACAGACGCUACCAAGUGGACAUCCUGGAUCCAGAGACGCCUGUCCAAAUUCUUAAACAGCACCAUCGCUCCCUCACGGCUCUGGUGGAGGAGCUUCUGGAGAGGCAGACCCAGCAGGCCUCACUGCAUACUCUGUGGACUCAACUCCAACCAGAAGAUGGGGACGAGGCUCAGGAGAAGCUCCACGUGACAGGCAGCAAAUUGAAGUCGCUCCUAAAUGAUGUGACCGAAGACCUGAGGAUCCUACAACACCGCCUGGAGUGUGAGAUUUACAGAGAUCAAAAUAUUCCUGGGGAUUCUUCUGAGGACGUCAAACAAACAAAGAGAAGGAAGAGAGAUUCAUCGCCACCUCGAUCCUUUUUCUGUCGGGUCUUGCAAGCCGCUGUCCCGUUUCACCUCCUUCUCCUCUUCCUGCUGUUCCUCCCAUGUUUGCUCCCCCGGUCCGAGAUAGACUCGAGCUGCACCGUCACCAACAACUUUGCCCGAUCUUUUCAUCCCAUGUUACACUACACAAACGGACCCCCGCCCACCUGACUACUUUUAGAAUGAACAAAGGUAACGUUUUCCUAACACUGGCAUCAUCAUAGUGAUGAAGGGGUAGUUUUACAAUGAAAAAUAUCCAAAUAUAUAUUUUUAUGUAUUUAUUCUUGAAAAGACACACGGAUUAAGUAGGAACAGAAGUAUUGGGUCAUCAAAUACUUCACAGAAUCAUUUUUCAGUGAUUUCUGAAACAUUAUUGGCAUUAAAUCGAUCAAGUCCUAAUUGUACUAGUUUAGAACAUAUUGUCUAAGUUAAUUGAAUUAGACUUAAAAUGUCUGCUAAAACCAAGUACAGAAAUAAUAUAAUGGUCUUGCAUUUCUAUGAUUAACUUUUUCUUAUGUCUAUAUAUUUCGGUAUAUUAAAGAGCUUUAAGAGUUGUAAAA